AUGAACCGGUACACGACCAUGCGACAGCUGGGGGAUGGCACCUAUGGGAGUGUGCUGAUGGGCAAGAGUAAUGAAUCUGGGGAGCUGGUGGCCAUCAAAAGGAUGAAGAGAAAGUUCUAUUCUUGGGAUGAAUGUAUGAACUUGAGAGAAGUUAAGUCUCUGAAGAAACUUAAUCAUGCCAACGUGAUUAAACUAAAAGAAGUUAUCAGAGAAAAUGACCAUCUUUAUUUUAUAUUUGAAUAUAUGAAAGAAAACCUCUAUCAAUUAAUGAAAGACAGAAACAAGUUGUUCCCUGAGUCAGUCAUCAGAAAUAUUAUGUAUCAAAUAUUACAAGGGUUGGCAUUUAUCCAUAAACAUGGUUUUUUUCAUAGGGAUAUGAAGCCAGAAAACUUACUUUGUAUGGGUCCAGAACUUGUGAAAAUUGCUGAUUUUGGACUUGCAAGAGAAUUAAGAUCCCAGCCACCAUACACUGAUUAUGUAUCUACCCGAUGGUACCGUGCUCCUGAAGUUUUAUUAAGAUCUUCAGUUUAUAGCUCUCCCAUUGAUGUGUGGGCUGUUGGGAGUAUAAUGGCUGAACUAUAUACAUUAAGACCACUUUUCCCAGGGACAAGUGAGGUUGAUGAAAUAUUUAAAAUUUGCCAAGUUUUAGGGACUCCAAAAAAAAGUGACUGGCCAGAAGGGUAUCAGCUCGCAUCCUCGAUGAAUUUCCGUUUUCCCCAGUGUGUUCCUAUAAACUUAAAAACUCUUAUUCCCAAUGCCAGUAAUGAAGCUAUUCAGCUUAUGACUGAAAUGUUGAAUUGGGAUCCAAAAAAACGACCAACAGCAAGCCAGGCGUUGAAACACCCGUAUUUUCAAGUUGGUCAGGUAUUAGGCCCUUCCUCACACCAUCUGGAAUCAAAACAGCCUUUACAUAAGCAGGUACAGCCACUAGAAUCGAAGCCACCUUUAAUUGAUCUAGAACCUACGCCUCCGCCAGACAUAAAUGAUCAGACUGCUGGACAGCCCCAGUCAAAAAACCACCAGCCACUGCAGUCCAUCCAGCCGCCACAGAACAUGAGUGUCCAGCGAGCACCAAAGCAGCAAGGCCAGCAGAAACAGCCUCAAACACUGUUUCCAAGUAUUGUCAGGAACAUGCCAACCAAGCCAAGCAGCAUGCUGGGGCACAAGAGCGUGAGGAGGCGUUGGGGUCAGACUGUGUUCAAGUCUGGAGAUAGUUGGGGAGACUUUGAGGACAGUGAUUUUGAAACUUCCCAAACCAAGAAACCAAGCAUGAGUAUUUUCAGAGAAAAGAGGAAAAAAGAUUCUCCAUUUUGGCUUCCAGAGUCAGUACCCUCAGACUCCAACCACUCAUCAGUGGAAAACAAGAGCUUACCUGCCGCUAUUUCCCUAAAAUCUGAUUCCAAAUUAUCAACGGCUUCAACAGCUAAACAGUACUACUUAAAACAAUCAAGGUACCUUCCAGGUGUAAAUCCUAAGAACGUGUCCUUGAUAGCCAAUGGAAAGGAUAUAAAUCCAUAUACUUGGAGUAAUCAAUUAUUUCCUAAGUCAUUGGGACCCAUUGGGGCAGAACUUGCUUUCAAAAGGAGUAAUGCAGUGAAACUUUAUGACACAUCACUAGGAAAUCCUGGAAGUUACGCUACUCAUGGUCAGUCAGGAUAUGCUCCUUCCUUUCUCAAGAAAGAAGUGGGGUCAGCUGGCCAGAGGAUACACUUAGCACCGCUCAGCACAGCGGCUCCAGAAUAUACCUGGAACACAACUGGCCGGGGGCAAUUUCCAGGACCUACUUACAACCCUACAGCCAAGAACAUAAAUAUUGUGAACCGUGCACAGCCAGUUCCCUCAGUGCAUGGGAGGACAGACUGGGUGGCCAAGUACGGAGGCCACCGGUAG